AGGCGGCCAGCGGGACAAGGCCCACACACUACACGUGAGGCUCCUUCGCCGAGGAGGGAGCGCUCCGAGAGCCCGAAGCGCGGGACGAGCUCCGCAAACAUUGGGGUGCGCACGAUAAAGGUCCUGGUGUCGCCAUGGGUCGCCGGCCCGCCCGGUGUUACCGGUAUUGUAAGAACAAGCCGUACCCGAAGUCCCGCUUCUGCCGAGGCGUCCCGGAUGCCAAGAUCCGCAUCUUUGACCUGGGGCGGAAGAAGGUGAAAGUGGAUGAGUUCCCACUGUGUGGCCACAUGGUGUCCGACGAAUAUGAGCAGCUCUCCUCCGAAUCCCUGGAGGCUGCCCGUAUCUGUGCCAACAAGUACAUGGUGAAAAGCUGCGGCAGAGAUGGCUUUCACAUCCGAGUGCGGCUGCACCCCUUCCACGUCAUCCGCAUCAACAAGAUGCUGUCCUGUGCUGGGGCCGACAGGCUCCAGACGGGGAUGCGGGGUGCCUUUGGGAAGCCCCAGGGCACAGUGGCCAGAGUCCACAUCGGCCAGGUCAUCAUGUCCAUCCGCACCAAGCUGCAGAACAAGGAGCAUGUGAUUGAGGCCCUACGCAGAGCCAAGUUCAAGUUCCCGGGCCGCCAGAAGAUCCACAUCUCCAAGAAGUGGGGCUUUACUAAGUUUAAUGUGGAUGGGUUUGAAGAUAUGGUGGCCGAGAAGCGCCUCAUCCCAGAUGGCUGUGGGGUCAAAUACAUCCCUAACCAUGGUCCCCUGGAGAAAUGGCGAGCCCUGCACGCCUAAGAGUCUCGGUGCUGCCCUCACCUUACACCUACCAAUAAAUCAACUUCCUAUCAAAAAAAAAAAAAAGAGUUGGUCUUUGUUUUUGUCAAACUACGAACUCCAUUCAAGUAUUGGGAAGCGAUUCCUCAAAACAAAAGAGCAGUCUUCAUUCAAAAAAAUAAAUCAGAACCCUGAUCAGAUGGCUCAAUGGGUUGGCGUGUCGCCUGUACACCAAAAAGUUGUGAGUUUGAUUCCUGGGCAGGACACAUAGUAGGUUGCAGGUUUGAUCUCGUGGUUGGGUGUGUAUAGGAGGCAACUGAAAGGUUAAUAUCGUGGUACUCUGGCAGGCUAAAAAGCCAUCUCAGGCAGUGAUUAAAGAAAACUGAAUUUA